UAACAGUCUCAACUGAAGAUUAUACGGUGGUCUCAGCAGCAGGCUAUGUUACAGUCUUAACAGUGGCUCUGUAACAGUCUUAGCAGCAUGCUAUCUAACAGUCUCAACUGAAGAUUAUACGGUGGUCUCAGCAGCAGGCUAUGUUACAGUCUCAGCAACAGGCUCUGCAAAAAUCAUAGCAGCAGGCUCUGGAAAAGUCUCAGCAGCAGGCUAUGUAAAAGUCUCAACAGCAGUAGGCUAUAUUAGGAUAUUCUCAAAGCAAACCCCAAGUUUGGUCGCCAAAAUUAUUUACGGCUUGUCUACGGGAAAGGAAAAUCUUUAGUGAUUUAUCUGGUGAGAGCAGAUAUAUAGCCGAAAAAAGGUAAAAAAGAAAAUGAAUGCAAGAAAAUUAGGUAAGACAGCAUGUCUGUCAAUACUGUGAUUGCAUAAGGUGACGAGUUUAUGUAUCCUAUGAAAGAUGAUUGGAGUUUUCCUGCCCAUCAUCUUCCUGGUGGGGGCUGUAAAAGGUGGGGAGGUCUGUUUCUCGAGGAUUGGGUGUUUCUCAGAUCUUGUUCCUUAUGCCGGGACUUUAGAGCGGCCGAUCUCUAAGUUACCUUGGGCCCCAGAGAAGAUCAAUGUUCGCUUCUUACUCUUUACUAAAUCCAACGCCAACAGCUUCCAGGAGGUGAACGCCGCCAACCCCUCCACCAUCUCGGCCUCAAAUUUUGCGACCUACAGGAAGACGCGGUUCAUCAUCCAUGGCUUCAUUGAUAAAGGGGAGGAGAGCUGGCUGAUGGACAUGUGUAAAACCAUGCUACAGGUGGAGGACGUCAAUUGUUUCUGCGUUGACUGGAGCGGCGGCUCGAGGACUCUGUACAGUCAGGCGGCCAAUAACAUCCGAGUAGUGGGGGCAGAAGUCGCCUACUUCAUCAAUGUUCUCUCGAAUAAUUUUGGCUACUCUCCAGGAAAUGUCCAUGUCAUCGGUCACAGUCUGGGGGCUCACGCGGCCGGAGAGGUUGGAAAAAGGAGGCGCGGAAUCGCAAGAAUCACAGGACUGGAUCCUGCUGAGCCCUAUUUCCAGGGAACCCCCGCUGAGGUGCGGCUGGACCCUUCAGAUGCCGCGUUCGUUGAUGUCAUCCAUACAGACGGCGCCCCAAUGAUCCCUAAUUUAGGUUUGGGAAUGAGUCAGGUGGCCGGACACAUCGACUUCUAUCCGAAUGGAGGAGAGGAAAUGCCAGGAUGUAGUAAGAACGCCCUGUCCCAGAUUGUGGACCUUGAUGGAAUCUGGCAAGGUACCCGGGACUUUGUCGCCUGUAAUCAUCUGCGCAGUUACAAGUAUUACACGGAGAGUAUCCGGAAGGCGGACGCCUUUAUUGGGUUCCCGACCACGGCCUACAGCUCAUUCAAAUCAGGUUCGGGGUUCCCUUGCCCCAGCGGUGGAUGCCCAUCCAUGGGUCACUUUGCGGAUAGUUACAGAGGAGCCACCGGCCAGAAGUUCUAUCUCAACACUGGCGAUCAGUCCGGCUUCGCUCGCUGGAGAUACAAGGUCACCGUACAGAUCGCAGGCUCGCUGAACACACAGGGAUACUUCCAUGUUUCCUUGUUUGGACCCAAUGGGAACACACGACAGUAUCAGAUCUACAACGGAUACAUCAACACAGGCAACUCGUACACGGCCUACAUAGAUGUAGAGACAGAUGUCGGGCCCCUCAACAGGGUGAAAUUCGUCUGGAAUAACGGCCUCAUUAACCCUCUCCUCCCCACCCUGGGUGCAUCAACUGCAACCGUUCAGUAUGGAAAAGAUGGAAAGACGUAUAAAUUCUGUGGCAGCGGAACAGUCAGAGAGGAAGUUCUGCAGACUCUGAAUCCAUGUUAAAUUUGCUGUGAAAUAAAAUGUAUUCAUUAUCCUGUACCCCAAGUGUCAGCGUGUCAUUAUCCUGUACCCCAAGUGUCAGCGUGUCAU